CUUAACUAUGACCUAUUAUUGGCAUUCUUGUCACGAGUCUUUGAUUCUUGUCUAUGGAUUGGGAUUAUGGGAUGAUUGUAGGUUAGAUUGAAUUCUACAUUUUAUGGUUUGUGAUUAUUGCUUUUAUGAAACGGAACGAAUUUUAAAUUAUCACAAAAUCGCUAAAAAAUAAUUAAUUUACUUACAAAUAUUUAAUAAUUUAAUAAAAAUGCCUUGUUGGUAUUAUGAUAAAAAGGAGUUAAAGAAUACACCUUCAGCAUUGGAUGGAAUCGAUUACGAGACCGAAAUGAGAUAUAGGAAAGAAGGUGCAAGAUUUAUAAUUGAUACUGGAUCAAAAAUGGACUUGGGAUACAAUACAACAGCAACGGGAGUAGUCUACUUUCACAGAUUUUACAUGUUUCAUUCUUUUAGACAGUUUCCACGCUAUGUAACAGCAUGCUGUUGUUUAUUUCUCGCUGGAAAAGUAGAGGAAACUCCUAAAAAAUGUAAAGAUAUUAUUAAGACAGCAAGGAGUUUAUUAAGUGAUACUAAAUUUGCUACAUUUGGGGAUGAUCCAAAAGAAGAAGUAAUGACUUUAGAGCGAAUAUUAUUACAAACAAUCAAAUUUGAUUUGCAAGUUGAGCAUCCUUACAGUUAUUUGCUUCGUUAUGCAAAAUGUUUGAAAGGAGAUAAAGUUAAAUUACAAAAAAUGGUGCAGAUGGCAUGGACCUUUGUCAAUGAUAGUCUCUGCACAACUCUUGCACUGCAAUGGGAACCUGAAAUUAUAGCAGUAGCAUUAAUGUAUUUAGCUGGAAAAUUAAGUCAAUUUGAAGUUAUCGACUGGGUUGGCAGAACCUCAAAACAUCUAAGGUGGUGGGAUAUGUUUGUCGAAGAUGUAACUAUGGAUUUAUUAGAAGACAUAUGCCAUCAGGUUUUAGAUUUGUACUCACAGCCAACUCCAGAUCCACCUCCAGAUAGCCCUCCUCUAAUGUCGAAGUCAGCGAGUUUGGUUCCUGUAUCGGGCAAAUCAGCCAAUGGUCAAGAAAAAGAUAAAAUUGUUACACCCCCAGAACCCAUUAUUACAAAUACUAAAGCAACUGCUGUAACUGAAAUUCCUUCUUAUGUUUACCCUCCUACAUAUUCAGGUGCUCCUACCCAUGCUGCCUCAUUUCCACCUGCUUUUGCAAAUCAUGUUCCUGUAACAGUACCAGGACCACCUCAUUUAGCAGGUCCCCCUCCAGGUCCACCGCCGUCUCAUAUAACUGCUCCACCCGGUGUGCCUUUUGCCUCUUAUAUUGCUCCUCCCCCUCAUUAUACACCUGUUGCAACUGCUCCUCCAUUUUAUCAAUCAACACCUGCUCCUUUGCCUUCCCAACCCCAUCGUCCAUACUAUCCACCGCCUCCCUAGCUGACGAUUUACGAAGUUGUUUUAUUUAGACCAUAAUAAAAACAACUAAAAUUAAUGUCAUGAUCAAUAAUAAGAAGCACAAUUUUCAGUGCGGAAUUAGGCUGGUAACAAAAUGGAUUAUUUAAAUUUGUGAUUAUAUUAGUUUUAAGGUAAAUAAUUUUAAUAAUUUUAUAAAAGAAGACUAUAAAAUACAUAUGUAAGAGCUUGAUACUGUGAGAGGCUUUCCAACAGAUUUUGCACAAGAUGUUUGAUAUUUUCCUUUUGUCCAAAAAUUGCUGUAUAAUAUUUUUAUUUCAAGCUAUAAUCAUUGAUGUAUAAUUGAAAAAAAAAUCGAAUUGUUACAAAUACUUUAAUAAACAUUCAGCAGAUUUUUUU